CAAUUUCUUUAUCCAUUCCUUCCUGUUACUCUUGUUUCUCUCUCUACUUUUCUUCCUCGAACAGAGAGAUGGCCAUGGCCUUCUCUUAUUCAUCUUCUCUUUACUCUCUCACUCCAGUGUCUCAACAAUCUCGUUCCUCUCUUUCUUCUCUUCGCUCAUCAUCAUCUUUACUCUCUGUUGCUACUCCACCAGUGUCCACUUCAUCUAAGUUUCGAGCUAAUUCGUUGAGAAUUAUUAGUUGCAGUAGUACCAGCAAUAAAGAAGCUCGAAAUGUCAAUCCAAAAGUUGGUGUCUCGGUCUAUAAACCUCAAUCAUAUGAAGUUCUUGUUAACGAUGCUGCAAAUUCACUUAUCUAUGCACUUGAAGAUGGCAAAACUCGCCUCGAAAUCGAAUUCCCGCCCUUGCCGAGCAGUAUUUCUGAUUACAAGGGGUCUUCAGAUGAGUACAUUGAAGCCAAUGUUCAGCUUGUCCUAGCUGUUGUUAGAAAGCUUCAACAAAGGAAAGGAAUACGAUCUUGCGUUGUGUUUCCGGAUGCGCCAGAAAAGCGAAGGGGUUCCAAGAUUUUCAAGACAGCUCUUGACUCGAUUGAGAACGUAACAGUUGGUUCUUUGGAUGACAUCCAAGGUGAUCCUGUCUCUAGUUUCUUCAAAUCUGUGAGAAGCACCUUGGACUUUGAUUUUGAAGAAGAUAACGAAGGUCGGUGGGAAUCCAAAGAGCCACCAUCACUAUAUGUCUUCAUUAAUUGUAGCACUCGUGAACUUGGGUCUAUAGAGACAUACGUGGAAAAUUUUGCUGCCUCAACCCCUGUGCUUCUUUUCAACCUUGAACUUGACACACUGCGGGCUGACUUGGGACUUUUUGGGUUUCCCACUAAAGAUUUGCAUUUUCGGUUUCUCUGCCAGUUCGUCCCUGUGUUCUACAUUCGGCUGAGAGAUUACUCAAAGACAGUUGCGGUGGCACCUUACAUCCUAAACUACACGGGAGCACUAUUCCGGCAAUACCCUGGCCCUUGGCAGGUGAUGCUCAAACAAGCUGAUGGUUCAUAUGCUUGUGUAGCUGAAAGUGCAACACGUUUCACAUUGGGCGAAACCAAGGAAGAACUGAUGAGGGUUCUAGGACUACAAGAAGAACAAGGAAGCUCUCUCGAAUUUCUUCGAAGAGGAUAUAAGAGUUCAACUUGGUGGGAAGAUGAUACUGACUUGGAGUUAUCUUCUGGAUGGCGCAACUGAUCAAAUGAGUUAAUACAUAGGCACAAAUUGGAGAACCACAAGAACUCCUUGGGCGGACAUUUCAACUCACGAUUUGGCGAACGUCCUGCAACUUGUCAAGUUUUGAUGAACUCUCUGUACAUUUUCUUAGUUAUAAAAUCACUAUCUGUAACUCCUUAUGAAUACAAAUUCUUAUCCACCUAUAUUUGUUCGAUAAAUAACUGAAUCAAAUCAGUCAUAGCAAAGUAACUGACUUGAUAUUACAAGUGUCAUUUAAAGAGGAAAUUUUAUAUCAGUGCAAGAUUAUAGCCAA